AUGGAUCCGGCUUCGGUCGCUCCUCGGUCUGAUGCUGCCGAGUCGGACCAUCCGCCAGUCAUCGCUACUACUCACCUGGCCCGCUUCGAGUUCAGCGACGAGGGAACAAAGAUUCUCAUGGUCGAGUGGCAACCCGAAGCUGAGGCCGCUGACAUCGACUCCACAGCCGCCACGCCGGGUCCCAACAACGGCUCCGUGAACCCUAAUAUCAACAAACUUCGCGAUAAUCCGGCUCCCGACACAAAUGCCGGUUGGGAGGUAUCAUGGCCAGGAAAGUCUACUCUGCUUCCCGCACGAGAUGCGGAUCAAGACGGCAGCAAACGUCGAGUAUACUUUCUCCUGCCCGAAGACGUCCCUAUACCACCGACCGUCACCAUCGCGCGCCGUGGCCGAUCCAGCUUGAUAUUGAAGCCGCUGCCAGCCAUCUUUCCACCAGGCUUUGAUGCCGAACCUGGCUCUCGCGGCGUGCUUCAUACGCUGUGGGCAAAGAAACGUCUGCGAGAGCUGGAACGCGAGAUGGACGCCGAGAUGAGGACCAACUCCGAGAGCGUCGGACUUCAAAUGGCGUACUCAGAAAAGCAGUGGAUCAUCGAGACAUUUUUGACACCGCCAAAGCCCAGGAUGAUACUGCCAAUCUCUCCAGUUUCGCCCAUCUCCGGCCGACUCGGCGAGAAACUUAAAGGGUUGCGCCUGGCAACAUCGCCCGACGAUUUACUGCCCAGUCCAACCGCCAAUACGUUUAUGGGAUCGAACGCCCCCUCGCUCACUUUAUCCCCCGAUGGGAACGAUAUUGCCGUUCCUUCGUUUGCACCCAUGUCACUCAACGCCGCCGCGCGAGGUGACCUCCCCGUGUCUAAACGUCAUCAGACAGACGCAGAAGAUGAUUUAUUUGCCUUGCCCAUCAGCCCACGCACUCCGGACAUGAAGAGAGCUCAGUUUGGUGUUUUCUAG